GGCUACUGGACUGGAAAAGUAAUAGAUAUUUUUGUAAGUAGUCUAUACUGUCAACUAUGUAAACUCUGGGAAAAAAGUUAACUACUGCAGAAUUUGAAGAGUGGCACGAAGAGCAUGUAAGCAAAGACGAAUGUACAGCAAAUCACACAGAACCUUCUGGAAAUAUGGAAGCAGGUGCAUUGGUAGAAAUGUUUCGCCGUUCAGAAGAAAAGUAUGGUGCAAAGAUUGGUGACUAUGUUGGAGAUGGAGACAGUAAGACUUACGGUAAUUUGGUCAAAGCUAAACCUUAUGGCGAAAAUUUUACCGUAAAUAAAAAAGAAUGCGUGGGACACGUACAAAAAAGGAUGGGCACACGUCUACGUGAUUUAGUGAAAAAUACUGUUGAGGACAAAGUAAUUAAAUCAGGGAAAAAUGCUGGAAAAAAGAGAAGAAGUAAAGUGCUUGGCGGCAAAGGUAAACUAACUGCGAAACGUAUCGACUUCUUGAGAGGUGCCUUGGAAGAUUUACGCAAAACAACAAUGAAAGCCUGAACCAACUUAUCUGGAAAAUAGCACCAAAAAAAUUGUCAGGUAGCAAAAAUAUAGUUGAAUUGGCCGCCUAUGUAGCUGCAAGCACAUUCAAUGAAGGUACUGGUGCUCUGCUGACUUUUAUGAAUGACAUGGGAAUCAGUGUUGGACCAAGCGCUCACGAAUAUGCAAGGUUGCAGGACAGCUGUCGUAUUGCCAGGGCCGAAAAGAAAACUGAACAGCAGACUAAAGAAGCCAGAAUUCAACGUAGACUUGAAAGAAAAGAAGCUCUGGACAACGAAAUUGCUGCAGACAAUAUACUUUAUGGCGCUGGAAUCGAUGAUUCGUUAUAAUUCUACGCUGAGAUAUAGUGGCCACCACAAAUCAUCUUUUUCCGAAGGGCUCCUCGAAAAUGCU